AUGCCAUGGAGAAUCCACGGUCUGUUCUUCUUAACGAUGUUUGCAAGUUACGGCACGACAGGAGCUAGAACGGUGGUCACGAGGGUGCUGGCAAACAGUCCAAGGGAACUGAGGGACGCCUUGGCAAAGCUCUCCUCCAAGUCGGGCCCUGGCGAGCUUCAGCGACAGAGGAGGAGGAACUGCGUGCGGUUCGGCUUGAGAAACACGCUGUGCGUUUACGACGGACACAGACAGUCCGAGGAGCCGCUUUACGAGGAUCAAUACAUCGACGAGGAGUACGGCUUCUGGCCGAACCUACCGCAGCCCCCGAGCAAUGGCCACGGGGGUUUCGUGGACCUUACCCGGCUGAACAAGGACCUGCGCGACCUGGACGGAGUCCUGCGCUCGAGUUCCGACGACGACACCUUCUCCGAAGACUACCUCGACGUCGGGGACCUCAGCGCGACUAGGAAGGUCGACUAUGACUACGUGUUAGGCUCCCCGAAGGAGCACCUGACUAAACUGAAGCUACACAUCGUGAGCUCCAAGCAGAAGGGCGAGAAGGAGAGGGGGGGACUCGUCCGGAAACUGUUCAACUUGGAAACCGGGCCGGGAGCGAGCUUGAGAACUUUAGAGAGCGAACUCAAAGACGCGUCCAGCGAGGAGGAAUUCGACGACGGGAAGCCGAAGCGGUUCGAGGUGAUAGAGAACAGUGACGAAUCGGAGGAAUCUAGCAGGGGCUCCGAGGAACGGCCAGCUCCGAAGAAGGUGAAAGGCGCUAAGGGGGCCAAAUACAUUUACGCGCAGGGCCCGACGAGGCACGUGACGGUGGACCGACGAAGGCUGCCCCACUUCCUGCCGAAGAGGUACCAUUGGGACGAGGGGGACAUCAGGAAUCUCUCGUAUCUCUGGUUCAACGGCCCGCAAGGCCAGUACGCCGGCGUGUAUAGGAAACCGUUA